UGUGUUUUGUUGUGUUUUGGAUCGUAUUAUCUAUUUGAUAAACUUCAUCACUGAAAAAUUGGCAGUGCGAGCCGCUUGAGUGCCAAAUCACAGAUUCACAUUCAAGCGGAAAUUAGUCAAGUCAAUAAAGUGAAGUUCUGUGCGCUGUACGACGAAAAAAAAAAAAAAAUCCCAAACUCCCGUAGAAUCUUUAGGAAAUUCUUUGUUCAAAUCGACGCAAAUAUGAUCGAGAGACGCAGUCAACUGGAUAAGAUAAUUAUCACAGCCAUGGACCGCUUUGUAUGGUUUGUGCUGCUGGUGGUCAUGACCCACCUGGUCACUGAGUUUACACGGGUCACUGGCUAUGCAAGAGGACAACGACACGAGCUGAUGCUAAUCAACGAUACGCUGCUGCAGCCAAUGCCGGUGCAGAAUAUGCUGCUCUACCCCAGUAACGACUAUGUGCACUAUGACCGCCCCUCGUCCGCCUUGAGCAGCAGCAACAGUGUGCAACAGAAUGCGGCUCUGGUGCUGAGCAAUCUGGGCGCCGCAAUGUCAAAUGUUGCUGGCAACAAUGCGCCUGCUGCUGCUGCUGCCACUGAGCCAAGCUAUUCGUUCUUCAGCCUGAGGCCAUUAAUUGACAGCAUUUUCGAGAUACCCAUAUCGACUUUGCGUGCAGUGAACAAUCUUGUGGGUCGCCUCACCGGCAGCUAUCGUCAGGCACCGGAAGGGGUGCAAAAAGCGGCAGGCAUUGUGGUGGAGGCGCCACUCCGACUGCCAGCGGGCAAUUCAGCUGCCGUGCCCGGCAACUUUAAGCUGUCAGCUCAGCGACAGCAGAUGCGCGAGGAGCUGGCGUAGUUGACGCACAAGCGUGUCAGUUGAUAUUUACAUUUUAUGUUUACAUCAUUUUGUAAUUAGUUUUGUAAUUGACCUUUGACCUUGAGGCCGGGCAACAACAAGGCGCACACGUUUCUCAGUGUUGUGCAUAGUCGGCCUUUUUUUUAUAUAAAUAUAUGUAAAAAUCUUAGGUGGGUUUCUGUGUGUGUGAUUAUUGUUGUAUGUGUGCGCGUUUGUGUUUCGAUGCAUUUUCCAUCAUUAUUAUUAG